AUGGCUGGAAGGAAUGAUGUCACAAUUGCUGCUGCCUUGGAAGCGAUGGCUCAGGCUAUGCAGAAUCAACCUAACACGGGUGCACAUGAUGAAUCUCGUAGUUUGGCAACAUUUCAUAGGGAGAAUCCUUCUACCUUCAAGGGCAAGUAUGAUCCCGAUGGAGCGUUGGCUUGGCUUAAGGAGAUAGAAAGGAUUUUUCGGGUGAUGGAUUGCACUCUAGCACAGAAAAGUGCGUUAUGUAUAGAAUUUUGGAGGAAGUACUACCCUGAAGAUGUUUGCAGGAAGAAGGAGAUUGAAUUCCUUGAGCUUAAACAGGGAAACUUGUCGCUUACGAAUUAUGCUGCAAAGUUCGUGGAGCUGGCAAAAUUCCCUACUCACUAUAAUGAGGCACUUGCUGAGUUUUCAAAGUGUAUCAAAUUUGAUAAUGGGUUGUGUCUAGUAAUCAAGAAGGAAAUUGGGUACCAGAAGAUUCGCAACUUUCUAGUUUUGAUAGAUAGUUGCAGAAAUUUUGAAGAAGACAAUAAUGCUCAUUACAGGAUCCUUAAUGAGAAGCGAGGUAAGAACCAACAGAACCGUGGAAAGUCGUAUGAUGCUCCAUCUGGUAAGGGAAAAUAG